AUGGAAAGUCCACCUUGCAUCUUCCCCUUUGUCUACAAGGGCAGGUCUUAUCAGAGCUGCACUACAGAUGGGUGGAGUGAUGGGAAGUUCUGGUGUGCCACAACCAAUAAUUAUGAUGCUGACAAGAAGUGGAAGUUCUGUCAGGUCUCAGGCCCAGAUCCAGAUAUAGAAAGUCCACCUUGCAUCUUCCCAUUCAUCUACAAGGGCAAGUCCUACAGCACAUGUACUACGGAGGGCAUGAGUGACGGAACACACUGGUGUGCCACCACCAGUACAUAUGAUGUGGAUAAGAAAUGGGUGUAUUGUAAUGUCACAGGCCCAGAUACAAGCAAGGAAGGCCCUACUUGUGUCUUCCCCUUCAUCUACAAUGGCAUGAACUACAGCAGCUGCACAGAGGAUGGGAGGACAGAUGGGAAGCUCUGGUGUGCCACCACCAGAAACUUCGAUGCAGACAAGCGAUGGACUUUUUGCACCAUCACAAAAUUGGACUGUGUCUUCCCCUUUGUCUUCCGUGGCAAAACUUACCACAGUUGCACCACAUCUGGGCACCUAGACAGGAAGCUCUGGUGUCCUCUCACCAGCAACCCUGAGACUGACAGGAAGUGGCUUCUUUGUGCUGACUCAGGUAUUACCCAAAGGGUUGACUGA